UGCUUCCCUGCAGCAGGGCCUCUACCUGGGGAACAUGGAGCCCGGACCACCCCGACUGUCGCCCCAAGUCUUGGGAGAGAAUGAGGCUCUGCAGCAGUUCUUCAGUGGUCAGGAUGUGAGUGGUGUGUUGGACAGCUCUGUUGCAGUCGAUACAAGCAUCCUUGAGGAGUACCUCAGUAAUGACAUGGACGCCAACAACUUCACGCUCCCUGAGUCUCCUCCUGACUCAAGUUCAGAGGCAUGUUCACCUGCACAGAUGCCAGAUUUCCACCAUGAGCCUCCUUACUGGUCCAAUGAUCAGGCCACUCAGCAGAUGUUCCAGCCACCACCUCGGUCCUCCACCUCCUCAUCUUGUCGCUUUAAGGGUCAAGACUCUGCCCCCAUCCAUCCUGAACUGCUGACCCAUGAUCAGCUCCGCAGCCUGGGCCUCACAAACACUUACAUCAAGUCUGGGACCCCACCUGCUCCACCCACCCCCUUCCACCAGCAAAUGCAUCAGUCUCCUCAACACAUGCACUACUUGGGUCCACCAAGCUGUUCUCAGGUUUACACCCCACCUACACCACCCUCUCCACCCGUCCCACCCCUCGCAUCCUCAAACAGCUACACCUCGUCCUGCACCAGGAUGGAAACAGUCCCAACAUUAGCACCAUCCACUUCACCAUAUUUAUUAAGCACUGCCUCCACAUUACACACCUGCACCUCAGAGAGCAAAAAGAGGAGGAGAUCAGAGUCUGAGGAGCCAUCAGCUGGUGUUGAGGCGGCCUGUAGUGGAGAUGAAAUAAGCCAUGGUGGGAGUGUCAUCAUGGGGAGCAGCAUUAGUUGUGGGCUUGGAUCUAGUCUGGGAUCCUACCAGCUGCUGACCUGGGAUCAGUACAAACCAGGACAGUGGAGUAUGGUGUUUGAUGGCAGCUACCAGACUGUAUCCACUCCUGCUUACCAUGUCGACACAGAUAAAGGCUUCACGUAUUCUGCAGCUGAUGAAGCCUUUGUUUGCCAGAAGAAAAACCACUUCCAGGUUACGGUUCAUAUCGGUGUGGCUGCAGAGCUGCAAUACGUCAGAACACCCAGUGGGCCACAGGAAGUCGACCACUUCCAAAUAAAAGUGUUCGGGAUCAAGAUGGAAUCUCCCAGUCACCAUGUGACCAUCGAACAGUCUCAGCCCGACCGCAGCAAAAAGCCAUUCCACCCUGUUAGAGUCAGUUUGCCCGCUGGAAAAAUCACCAAGGUGACUCUGGGCCGACUGCACUUCAAUGAGACAACGGCCAACAACAUGAGAAAGAAAGGCAAACCCAACCCAGACCAGAGAUAUUUUCAGAUGGUGGUCGGUCUCUACGCUGUAGUAAAAGAGAAGACUUUUCUCCUGACGGGUCUGGUGUCGGAGAGAAUCAUUGUCAGGGCCUCUAAUCCUGGUCAGUUUGAGACUGAUGGGGACACCCUGUGGCAGCGGGGGAUGGUGCAGGACGCUGUGGUCUGUCAAGGCCGCGUGGGAAUUAACAGUGACUCACCUGAUGAGGCGCUGGUUGUCUGCGGUAACGUCAAAGUGAUGGGCACUGUCAUGCAACCGUCAGACCAGCGCGCCAAGGAGAAUGUACUGGAGGUUGACUCUGAGCAGCAGCUGAAGAGAAUCACUCAGAUGAGAAUAGUCGAGUUCGAUUAUAAACCUGAGUUUGCAUCUAAAAUGGGAAUAGACCACACCCACCAAACAGGGGUAAUAGCUCAGGAGGUGAAGGAGCUGCUGCCGUCUGCAGUAAAAGAGGUUGGAGAUGUCACAUGUUCAGACGGAGAGAAGAUUCAUAACUUGCUCAUGGUGGACAAGGAGCAAAUAUUCAUGGAAAAUGUUGGUGCAGUGCAGCAGCUGUCGAAGCUCACAGACAACCUGGAUAAUCGAAUUCAAGAGCUGGAGAUCUGGAAGCAACGACUGGCCAAGCUGAAGAGCCUGACAGGAAGCCUGCGUUCCAACAGCAGUAAACCCAGGAAACACAGCAGUGUUUCAACAACACAGAGCACUAUACCACGUAAACCUGGGAAUACAAAGCAUGAAAGCCAGAAUCAGAAGUACAGCCAUUGUCUGCAGCACAAAGUUUUCCAUGCCAGUAUCUUUACACUGCUCGCCACCAUGGCUUUUUGUGUGAUCUCCAUCACUGCUUUGUACCUGGUGACUCUGAAGGAAGAAGACAUUGACACCUUCCCUAACAACAGUAAUGGCAGCGUGAUUCCCCCACAGACCACAGCCUGGAGCAGCACAGUGGCACCAACCAGUUCACCCGGGCCUUGGCCUCCAGACGUGGACUUCUGUGACCUGCUGAACUGUGAUAAGGUGUACUGCUGCCCUUCACCACCAGGGGGAAGCACUAACUUUAGUAUCACCUAUGAAGAGUCACUGCAAACACAAGAGUAUAAUCUGACAGACAAAAGAGAAAAACUUUAUAACAAGCUGAAAAGUGCCAAAGACUGGACGAACACCACCAUCCAGUCGUUCAUGAUCGAAGAGAAUCAGCAAAUAAUUGACAGUAAAUACUGUAUAAGAGAUGAAUGUGGGCCAAGCAGAUUCAUCUACAGGGUUCCCAUCAGCCAGUUUGUCCCAGGUAACAUGAGGGUCACACUGCUAAUGAAUUCUACUGAGCUCCUGGUGGUUCAUCUGUGCAGCUUCGAUGAGUCUGCAGUCUGCUCUGCUCGGCUGGAUCCAAACACUGUCACUGGAACCACAUAUGCUUCAAACACACAGGGAGAACAUGAAUGGCCUCUCCACGUGGCUCAGCUUUAUCACAGCUCCUAUCACUUCCGUUCAGCUGUAGCUGGUCAAGCUGACUGCAGUACCGACCAUCACUUUGCAGGGGCGCUGUUCACUGACUACCACUUCCAUUUCUACAGACGCUGCACAGAAUGA